AUGUGCAUCCGUACUUGCGCAUUUUGCACGCCCAUGCCCGGCCUCAGAGGCGCCCAAGCUCUCGACUUGACCAAGCGCGCGGAGCGUGCGAAGCGUGCGAAGCGUGCGGAGCGUGCGGAGUGUGCGAAGCAAGUCGUGAAGCCAACGUCAAGGCGGCGCUGCUGCGGCUUUGUGGGUGCGAUCCGCGGGGGCUCCGAGUCCUUCGCAGCCUUGACCCGCAUUGCCCCUCUGCAGAUUCUUGGGCUGCUGGGGCUUGAAUGUGUUGAGCUUCCUUGCCUACAGAGUGUGCGCAGAGGAACCGGGUUUCUGAUUGGCUGGAGCUUUGGAGGCCGCUGUGCGCAGAAGGUGGCCUGGCAGAUGCAGCAGGUCGGCUGCCAGCUUCCGGCCGUUCUCUUGUUGGACUACAGAGUUCACUUGCCGGCACCCUAG